AUGGCUUCAGUGAGGAACAGUCAGUAUAUCAAAUUCCUCUUCUCUGCACAAAAUGAAUUUCAAGUUGAGCUCUUUGCUGUAAGGGAAAGCCUCAUUAACUGCACAAUAAGGAAGAAGACGGUGUGGACUGCUGGGAGCCUCACAGUGGCCAUCGGCAAUCUUUGGGCAGAGCUGCUGCUACUAAGGCACAUUCUUCCCUUAUUGGUGCUGAUAAUGAUGGCGAUGCCAUGCAGCCCAUGUUUUAAGUUCGUCGGAAACCUGGACUGGAAGAAAUAUGUUUGUCUUUCUCGCCCUGGUUCUUUCCUUGUAAGUGUCAGCUCAACUAAACAUUUUUAA